AGAAUCAGGAGGAGAAAAGGGACUCGAAGAGAGCGAGUAAAGAACCUGAUGGACCGAACAGUUUACCAUCAGUAAGGUGCUAACUUCCCUCGGUGAAACAUCUCGCAAUCUCGUAGGAUCUCGUAGGAGAAGAUUUCUUAAGACAAACACAAGGGAUAACAACAAGUUCUUGGAAGAGUUUAUGGUGGGUGUUUUGAAACGAUCUUGAAGUGUUGUCAUCGUUUGUUUUGGAAAGUGUGUGUGGGAAGGAUUGCGUUCGCAAGGACACUCGAAGCAAAUGAACUUAAAGUGGAGUUGUGAAGUUUAAAAAUUUGAACGUUUAGUAACCGCAAGAGACAAUUUGGACACAGUGAUUGUGAGUGAUUCAAGCGUGAUUUCAAAUAAAAUAACCAAUCAAAACAAUGGCAGUCGCAGGACUUAACAUGUCACCGAUCUUCUCCGGAUAUCCCUUCCAAGGCCAGGGUCGUGUGAAUCAGCUUGGAGGAGUUUUCAUAAAUGGGCGCCCGUUGCCGAAUCAUAUUCGGCUUAAGAUUGUGGAACUGGCUGCCGCAGGAGUUCGGCCGUGCGUUAUUUCCCGGCAGUUGCGCGUGUCCCAUGGAUGCGUAUCUAAGAUUUUGAACAGAUACCAGGAAACCGGAUCUAUUCGACCAGGCGUUAUCGGCGGAUCAAAGCCACGAGUUUCUACCCCGGAGAUCGAAGCUCGAGUCGAAGAAAUGCGUAAGGCUAAUCCAGGAAUCUUCAGUUGGGAAAUCCGUGAUCGUCUGAUCAAGGAAGGUAUCUGUGACAAGAACUCAGCUCCGUCAGUCAGCUCCCUCACCCGAUUGCUCCGAGGAGGACGUCACGGUGAUGAGUCCCAUGGAAAUCAUUCGAUCAACGGAAUUUUGGGAGGAUCCUCGUGUGACGAUGAUAGCGACACAGAAUCCGAACCUGGAAUUGAGCUGAAGAGGAAGCAACGCCGCAGCCGCACAACUUUCAACGGAGAACAGCUGGAGCUGCUGGAAAUCACCUUUGCACGGACUCAAUACCCAGAUGUCUACACCCGGGAAGAACUGGCCCAAAAAGCUAAGCUGACCGAAGCUCGAGUUCAAGUUUGGUUCUCCAACCGUCGUGCUCGGCUACGUAAGCACAUGAACUCGCAGCAACUCAGCGGCUUCAACUCCCAGUAUCCGUCACAAUUCGAACAGCAGGCCGCUGCUUCAGCUGCCGCAGCCGCCGCCGUCGCCCCAGCCGUUGCCGCCUCAAACUCCGUCGGCUUCUCCUCAUCCAUGCAGUCCUGGAGCCAGGCAUGCUAUCCAACUGCCAAUCAAUCCUCGUUCCAUUCCUCAUCUCAGACUGCCUACAACCCACUGGCCCAGACCAUGAUCCAUCCAACCUCGGCCACCAUGAGCCCACCAUCGUCGCUGAGCCCACCAACCUCGAUCAGCCCGGCUCAUUCCGCCAACAGCCAAAUCGCCCCUUCAUCCUCCCCGGUCCAGAACCAUUCCUCAUCAUCAUCCUCAAACUACUCCAACUACUUCCCGAUGUUGGACAACAACCAAUCGUACGCAGCCGCCUCCAACUCUAGCAGCUACCCGAUCAACUCAGCAUCAGCCACCACCAACACUUCCUCAGCCUCGGCCGCCAUCGACAACGGUGCCGCCGCUCAGUGGCGCUCCGCUCACUCCGCCCACAACAAAACCACCGAAUGGGACGCCUAUAGCUCUUUCUUCUCGAACAACAUGAGCCACCACCAUCACGCCCAUCAUCAGCACCCGCAUGCCCAUGCCCAUCAUCAUGCCUACUCAUCAGCCGCUGCGGCCGCCGCCGUUGCAGCGGAAGCCAAGUCCGGAUAUCCCUACUUCGGGCAGCUCGGUGGUCUGGACAUGAGCCGGUUGCACUAAUAAAUUAAUCAUAAUUAACCCGCGGGCCCGGUGCCGUCGAUGAAGAACGAAGCUUUUACGAUGUGUGAAAACCAAAUUUGUUCAUCCGAUGAAAUAUUACAAACAUAUGUAGGAACGUGCACAAGCGAAUGCAUAAUUCAUGAAACAGCCCUACGUUUGUUGUAGAGGGGUCUAGUUUCCUGAAAAUUGUAAAAAGUAUAACGAUAGACUUAGGUUAGGUAGAAAUCGAUAGGAGGGAGGAACCCUUUGCGAGUAUUACAAUUGCGUCCUACACAACACCGUAUGUAAAUGGGUACAUUUUCCACAGUUUUUUUUUGUAUAUGGCGGAACUCCUCUUUAUCCCCCGUUUUGAAGGGUCAAAAGCGAGCGAGCAAACGUUAGAAAACGAAGUAAUUUCUCUCCAAAAGUGCAUUAGUAUUAGGCAGUAGGUGGAAACUGAGAGACUGUUUUUUCAAAACUAUUAUCACAACUUUCUAUUGGUCUACAAGUGUCUUUGAUUAGUUUUAAAGAUUCAAUUGUUAUGCAAAAGUUUGAGACUCUAAGCAUGAUUAUGGUACAAAAUGAUCACAAUACAAAUUAUAGGUUAGAACAUACUUUCCUUAUGUUAGAUGAUAAGAUGAUAUGAUAGUGAAUAUUUAUGAAGAAAACCAAUACCCACAUGAGAUUAUGAGAAAUGCAGAAAUAAAAUUAGAAAAACUUA